AUGCCAAAGUAUGUGAAGUUUUUAAAGGAGAUUCUAAGCAACAAGAGGAAGUUAGAGGAUUUAGGAUUGGUGACCUUGAAUGCAGAAUGCUCAGUAGUGUUUCAGAGCAAGAUUCCAGUCAAACGACGUGACCUAGGGAGUUUUACUAUACCUUGUUUGAUUGGGGAUAAAUUGAAAUUGCUAGCAUUAGCUGAUUUGAGAGCUAGCAUCAAUUUGAUGCCUAGCUCAUUGUUUGAGGAGUUAGGACUAAGCAUAUCUAAGCUAACUCCUACUAGGAUGAGUAUACAACUAGCAGACAGAACUGUUAAAUACCCGAAAGGGAUUAUAGAGGAUGUGCUAGUUAAACCGACAUAUAAGGAGUUGAAUAAUAGCUAUCUUUAUCUCCACCCCAAUCUGCAUCUGAGAAGGCAUGUAAGGUGGCAUCUGAACUCUGAUGAAGUUGUAAGUCUUUGUUUUUAG